UUUCUUUGGAUGGAAUGGGGCUAGUCGGAAACUAGCACUGAGCUUUGAAUUGAAUUUGAAGUUUUUGGUCAAGAUAGUCGCGACUCGUCGGAGAGUUCAUUAGAGAGCGGACUGAAAUGAAACGCGAUGUCCGGAUACUGCUGUUGGGGGAACCCAAAGUGGGAAAGACGUCUCUCAUCAUGUCUCUGGUCGGAGAGGAGUUUCCUGAGCAGGUUCCUCUCCGGGCCGAGGAGAUCACCAUCCCUGCAGACGUCACGCCGGAGAAAGUGCCCACACAUAUAGUCGACUAUUCAGAGAAUGAACAGACUGAUGAAGUGUUGAGGGAGGAAAUCGUCAAGGCCAAUGUGGUGUGUGUGGUUUAUGAUGUCACGCAAGAGGAAACCAUUGACAAGAUCAGGACUAAGUGGAUUCCUCUGGUGAACGGAGGCGCUGAAAAGGGAAGCAAGAUUCCCAUCAUCCUCGUGGGCAACAAGUCUGACCUGCGCUCUGGCAGCUCCAUGGAAACCAUCCUGCCAAUCAUGAACCAGUUCUCAGAGAUUGAGACCUGUGUAGAGUGCUCGGCUAAGAAUCUGAAGAAUAUUUCUGAGCUCUUCUAUUACGCUCAGAAGGCCGUUCUUCAUCCCACUGCUCCUCUAUACGACCCUGAGGACAAACAGUUGAAGGCGCAGUGUGUUCGGGCUCUGAGUCGGAUCUUCAGCAUCUCUGAUCAGGAUAAUGACCAUAUACUCAGUGACGCUGAACUCAACUGUUUUCAGAAAUUGUGUUUCGGGAAUCCGCUGGCUCCUCAGGCUUUAGAGGACGUGAAAACCGUUGUGUGGAAAAACACGAGCGAUGGCGUUCAGGAUAACGGACUCACGCUUAACGGUUUCCUGUUCCUGAACACUCUCUUUAUCCAGAGGGGACGUCAUGAGACCACCUGGACCAUCCUGCGUAAAUUCGGCUACGAUGACACGCUUGAGUUGACUGACGACUACCUCUAUCCAGUAUUGCGAGUUUCAGUGGGCUGCACGACAGAGCUCAAUCAUCUCGGUCAUCAGUUUCUUCUGAAGCUGUUUGAGAAGUAUGACGAGGAUAAGGAUUCGGCUCUCUCUCCCGCAGAGCUCAAGAAUCUGUUUAGUGUUUUACCUUACAUGCCCUGGAGCUCCACGGUGUACAGUAACAUCCCGCUGACAGACGACUGCUACAUCUCUCAGCACGGAUACCUCUGCCAGUGGAUGUUAUUGGCGUAUCUGGAUGUGCACCGGUGUUUGGAGCAUCUGGGUUACCUCGGCUAUCCAAUACUGAUGGAGCAAGAGUGUCAGACGUCCGCCAUCACAGUCACCAGAGAAAAGGCUCUAGACCUGGACAAUCGGCAGACUCAGCGAACUGUGUUCCUGUGUAAAGUGAUUGGUCCGCGAGGAACUGGAAAAACAGACUUCCUGCGAGCGUUUCUGCAGCGCAGCACUGAGAGAAGUGAUCGUGAUCCCGGAGCUCCUUCAAUAUAUGCCAUCAACACAGUCUCCAUCGCUAAUCAGGACAAAUACCUGAUCCUGGAGGAAGUGGACGUGGAGACGGAGUUUCUGAAAGCGGCGGAUGCAGCGUGUGACGUGGCGUGUCUCAUGUAUGACGUCAGCGAUCCCGACUCCUUCAACUACUGCGCUAGCAUUUAUAAACAGCACUAUAUGGACAGCGGGAUCCCGUGUGUGGUGCUGGGCUCUAAAGCUGAUCUGGUGGAGGUCAAACAGCAUCAUGGCAUGAGCCCGUCCGAGUUCUGUUACAAACAUCGUCUGCCUUCACCUCUGCAUUUCUCUGCGCUGCUCACACACACUCACACGCACAUUUACAGCAAGCUCACCUGGGCCGCCAUGUACCCGCACCUGAACGGAUCAGACAUGAGCAGCACGUCUUUCUGGCUUCGUGUGACUCUUGGAGCCACAAUAGCGGCCAUGUUGGGCUUCGCUUUGUACAGAGCCUUUAGCCGACACAAAUGAUGGCCGCUCUCUCGCUGUAGGUGCAGAUAAACACACACUCCUCCAUUUUCUGCGCUGUCUUG